CACUACUCAGAUUUGUGGAAUGUCCAGCUGUCCGAUUUUAAAUGCAGUGACAGGAAGGUUUUCGUGCACUUCUUUAUCAAGAAAGCAACUUCAAUGCAGAUCUGAAAGGCAGCUCAGAUUUUACCUAUGAGAUCGACAUGGCUUCCGAUCGCCCCUCUAAACCUAGCCCGUCCCCCUCUGACCCCCCUUCAGUCUCUCUGCCAUCUGUAGUCUCCCCGUCAGGCUUCAAGGAUCCACCCCCCACCCCUGCUAAAUCUAGUUUGUUGUGGGGUUGCUCCAGAGGCAUCAAGGCUCUGGCCAAGCAGCUGACACAGGAGAAGGUGAUUGUAACUGACAUGUCUGAAGACACGUCCUCUGUGCCCUCUAGUGGCAGCUCUCUGCAAAACACGAUCUUUCGCUCUCCAGGCACAGAGCUCGAGGCAGAGCUUGACUAUGAAGAGCUGCAGAAGAAGGCCAAGGCUGGGGAUGCGCAGGCGCAGAUUUGUCUGGGAAGAUACUACCUAAAGCUGGCAGAAGGGGAGGACAGCACAAGGAACAAUGAGAGGGCGGUGGGCUGGCUGGUCCAGGCUGCCAAACAGGGCCGCAGAGAUGCCACCAAGAUUUUGCAGAGCUGCUUGGCCCAGAGGAAAGGCAUCACUGCAGAGAAUGAGGCUGAGGUGAGGAAACUGUCAGCAGAGACCAGGUUCGAGCAGGGAGUGAGAAAGGCAGCUCUGCUCAUGUACUGGAAGCUGAACCCUGACAAGAAGAAGGAGGUGGCCGUGUCUGAGCUGCUGGACAACGUGAGCCAAGUCAGCGCUCAGACAGGGGGGGGCGUUGCAGCUGGCUGCAGCUCCGUCCAAACACAGCGAAGGGUGCUGGAGAGCAUGGUCUCCAGGAAGUCGGGUAAAUAUGUGGGCUUGGAUGAUUUUGUGGAAAUCACCAAAAACUUUGCCCAAGGCAUCACCCCCUCGUCCGUGGCGGAGAGCAGCGCCGAGGCUGGUGGGAAGGUGGUGGGGGAGGUCUUGCCCCUGCAUAAGGAGGACGACCUCAGAGGCCGGGCUGCAGUGGCAUCACCCAAAUCCACCUGCAGGCAGAUGCUGGGGGUCAGAUGGGGACUGGGCCAGCCCAGCACCAUCACUGCUACAUCCAGGGCGAUGGACGUACAGGCCCGCUUUAUGAUCCUGAAAUUCCCGCUGCACUACCUGGUUGAGAUGAAAGACACCCUGGUGGACUGGGGAUCACGUGCGGGGGUCCAGUGGCUCAGCACCAUCAUCCCCACGCAGCACGUCAACGCCCUCAUCUUCUUCUUCAUCCUCAGCAACCUCACCAUCGAUUUCUUUGCCUUCGUCAUCCCGCUGCUCAUCUUCUACCUGUCCUUCGUCUCUAUGGUGAUCUGCACUCUGCGAGUCUUCCAAAACAGCAAGGCUUGGGAGAACUUCCGCACACUUACUGCCUUACUGACACGUUUCGAGCCCGGCCUGGACGUGGAGCAGGCCGAAACCAACUUUGGUUGGAAUAACAUGGAGCCCUACCUCUAUUUCAUCCUAUCUGUCUUUUUUGUAAUCUUCUCUUUCCCUGUAGCUGACCAUGCCUGGAUCCCAUGCUCUGAGCUGGCCACCGUGGCCAUCUUCUUCACGGGGGCCAGCUAUUUCAGCCUCGGCCCGUCGGCAGAGCUGUACACGCGCCGGGCGCUGCUCACUGAAGUGGCGUCCUCCUUGUGCGCUAUGACCACGCUGCUUCCAGAGCGCAUGGGCGCUCUCCGGCUUCUGGGAAAGACCUUUGUGACGGUGCCGCUCAGUGACUUUGUGGUCCUGAAGCUUAGCAUACCUUGCCUCCUCUAUAUGUACCUAUUUUACUUGUUUUUUCGAAUGGCCCAGCUGAGGGGAUUCCGAGGAACUUACUGCUUCCUGGUGCCCUACAUGGUUUGCUUUAUGUGGUGUGAGUUCUCUGUGGUGCUCCUGCAGAGCUCCACAGCUGUAGGCCUCAUACGCACCUGUGUGGCCUACUUCCUGUUUCUCUUCGCUUUGCCUGCACUUACCCUGGGCCUGGUUGCCAUGCUUGUGGUUCAGGCGAUCAAGUGGUUUCUGGAGCUAGAGCUGACCAAGAUGCUGGUAACACUAGCUGUGUGCGCGAUACCGGUCACUCUGCGGCUGUGGACGCGUUUCAGUCUCUCCCUGCGGGACGUGACCAGCACGGUGACUCACAGCAGCAUGGUUAAGCUCAUUCUAGUGUGGAUCUCAGCGGUUAUACUCUUCACCUGUGCAUACGUGUACAGUGCGAAGGGCAUGAAUGUGUACAACUCGACGCUGACGUGGCAGCAGUACAGCGCCAUGUGCGGACCACGCGCUUGGCAGGAGACUGGCGCCGCUCGCAUUCAGAUCCUUUGCAGUCAUCUGGAAGGACAUCGGGUCACCUGGACUGGCCGGGUCCGGCACGUGCGCGUGGUAGAAACGGAGAACGGCGCCCAGUCGGUCAUCAACCUUCUGCCCGUCUUUGUCGGUAACUGGAUGCGCUGUCUGUACGGAGAGCCCUACCCCAAGUGUGAUGGACAGAGCGGCACGGCCGUGGGACCGCAGCUGCCAGAGAUGCAGGAACUAUGCCGCCUGAAGGCCCUGGCCAAGCACGAGUGCCACGUCAAGCGCUUUGACAGUUACAAGUUUGAAGUGACGAUAGCUUUGCCAGAGAAGCAUCAUGGGGCAGCCCAGAGAGAUGACCCCAGUGAGGACAUCCUUCUCCGGGCCAGUCACGAGUUCAAGCCAGCGCUGCUUAACAUGGGUCUGGGGAGCAUGGUGGAGUUCAGCACUGUGCUCCAGGGCCGGCUGGGCAGCAAGUUGCCCGUAUUUGAGAUGCGAUCCAUUCACUGUCUGGACUGCCAGUCGGAGCUGGUCCCUACCGGAAAGCAGUACAAAAUCGAGCCCGACUGGCAGGGAACGGCCAUGCAGGCCAUGAAGUUUGCCUUUGACUUUUUCUUUUCUCCGUUCCUGUCUGCGCGCAUAAGCAAGUAGAUGCUGUGUGACUUACGUUCAUGCUUUUGCAUGGUUUCGCCCACUUCAUUUAACAAAUGCUAGUCAACGGAGGAGGAGACAUGCAGUUAAACACGGAUUAAAGAUUUGACAUGAUGAAA